AUGUCCGUGGCUCUACGUAUUCUUCUGGCUCUUGUUUGUUUUGCCGUCGUUCUGGCUCAAUACUCGGAUGAUGAGAUUAUGGCUGAGAAGCGCGCUAUGCGUAAUGCACUUGUACGUUUUGGCAGAGCAUCCAGUGGGGCUCGUAACGCUUUAGUGAGGUUUGGAAAGAGAUCUGAGCAAUCUGAAUACGAUUCAUCUGCUGCUUUUCAAGGGAAGCGUACUGGGCCUCCUCAACCUUUUGUGAGAUUUGGCAGAUCAGGACAAAUUGAUCACAUGCAUGAUAUAUUAGACACUCUUCGCAAACUUGAGUUGGCCAACUUGAAAUAA